CAAGAAUUGGAAAGGGGGGAAUAGCAAGGCACAAAACAAGAGACAGACAAAAAACACCUACGUUCUGUGUUUUUAUUCUGCCGUAUCGUAUCGACAUUGUAAACAAAACAUCUCUUCCUUCCUUAACAUUCCAUAAACCAUUCAUUGAUCGCUAAAGUUUCCUUCUUUCUUCCUAUUCAUUCAUUCUCAACAAAUGGGUCUCUGGGAUUCUCUUCUCAAUUGGCUCCGCAGCUUAUUUUUUAAACAAGAGAUGGAGCUUUCUCUCGUAGGUCUUCAGAAUGCUGGAAAAACUUCUCUUGUCAAUUCAAUUGCUACAGGAGGGUACAGCGAGGAUAUGAUUCCAACUGUUGGGUUCAAUAUGCGAAAAGUGACUAAGGGAAAUGUCACGAUAAAGCUUUGGGAUCUUGGUGGACAACGGAGGUUUCGAACAAUGUGGGAGCGCUACUGUCGUGGUGUCUCUGCUAUUGUGUAUGUUGUAGAUGCUGCUGAUAGAGACAGUGUUCCAAUAACUCGAAGCGAAUUAAAUGAACUCCUGACAAAACCUUCCUUGAAUGGGAUUCCAUUGCUUGUUCUUGGAAACAAAAUUGACAAGUCGGAAGCUCUUUCCAAGCAAGCAUUGGUAGAUCAACUAGGACUUGAGUCAAUUAAAGACAGAGAGGUCUGUUGCUACAUGAUUUCAUGCAAGGAUUCUGUAAACAUAGAUGUCGUCAUCGACUGGCUUAUCAAACACUCGAAAACUGCAAACUGAUUGUGUUGAUGAGAAAUUCCUUCCCGGUGUAAUGCAUAGACCUUAAUUUUAGUUGCGGGUCAAGUAUGUGUAUGUGUACAGCAACCAAACUUGGUCAAAUCUUUCAUGCGAUGUUCUUGAGUAAACUGAUUACUUCAUAUUGUCCCAAGUUUUGGAUGGUUUAUGUUUAUAAUUAGAUUCAAGUCUCUAGCAACUUCAUUUGUUUAAAAAUAUUUGGUAUCAUUGUGAUUUAAAUGUGGAAGAAAGAUCAAUAUUGAGGCUUGCUUCACAAAUAAAAUGUAUUCACCAUUUGAAAA